AUAAAGUCAACAGAUACUAGUCACACGGAACAAAGAUGGCGUCCGGGAUGAAAACAGUUCUUGGAAGUGAAUGGCGGAUUGUUAUUCAGGGGAAAUCACAGUGAUUAGAGGUAGUCUUCGGAAGCGCCACGUAUGCCUUGGUGGUCUAUUGGUGGUUGGACUACACUGAUCUAUCCAAAUGUAGAUGUUUCUGACAAGGGAACUGGCAAGGUGACAUGUUUGUAGUGAACUGCCGUGUCACAAGAUGAAUUCUCAAAGACGAGUGUACCCUUCGGAUCCAGAAAAUGCCAUGUUUGACAACGCUGCAUUCGACGGUCACCCGUCCAACACAGAGGGACAACCAAACCUCUCACAAACAGUUCAAACUACUAGAACAGGAUUCCGUCAACCAAAUGGCACAGAUAUGCAAAGAUAUUCACAGCAAAACGUUUCUAUAGAGAACCAUAUAUACAAAGAAAAGCUGUGUUCCAGUAGGUUUGCUAUAAGCGUCACUGUUGUUGUAAUUGUUGUCAUGGGAAUUAUAGGAGGUCUUACUGCAGGCAUCAUCCUACAAGCAAUGGCCACAGCAUCAUCGUCUCCAUCGCCAGAAACAACUGAAUCCUCCUUACGAAACUCUAAUGACAAGACGACAACGACUGCGUCAACACAUGUCAGAACUCAGGCAUCCACUGGCGCGCCUACCUGUGCCCAGCAGGGUCUAUGGGAGUGUAAUGACGGGAAGUGUAUCAACCCUGCCUGGCUGUGUGACAGCGAUCAUGACUGUUCAGGAGGGGAGGACGAGAACAACUGUCCAACUUCCUGCAGUAGUUUCCAGUUUGAGUGUGCGGACGGUGCAUGUAUACCUGGCAGCUGGCAGUGUGACACCGAGAGCGACUGUUCCGGUGGGGACGACGAGCUCAACUGUACAGCUAGAACUUGCAAUUCGAACGAGUUCACUUGUGGGAAUGGCGCUUGCGUAGCGCUACGCCUGACAUGCGACUCCUAUCGGGACUGCAGUGGAGGGGAGGACGAACUCAAUUGUGAAGGGUCAACGGCGACACCUAUCGUCCUCCAAGGAAACUGCAGCACUGACCAACGGUUCUGUUAUGACAGUGCCGAAACCUGUAUAGCGACUGUACAGUGGUGCGAUGGAACGGACCACUGUCCCAACGGAAGGGACGAAAAAUUCUGCACCUGUGGUAGAAGACCGGUAGUAGAGACCAGUAGAAGGGGCAGUGCGAGGAUUGUAGGCGGGAGGGAGCCUACCCGCGGCGGCUGGCCCUGGCAGGUGUCCCUGCACGACGGUGGGAGUCACUCAUGUGGGGCCUCUCUCGUCAACACCAAGUUCGUAGUCACAGCAGCACAUUGUGUGCAUGAUUCACCGAACCCCGGCAGCUGGACGGCGUACCUGGGUCUACAUGAACAGGGGGAGAACACAGAACACCUGCAGUCACGUGAUGUGGACAGGAUCAUCAUUCACGAGAGGUAUGACACCAUACGGACGGAUUUUGACAUUGCUGUGAUGGAACUGUCCUCUGAAGUAAACAUCACAGACCAUGUCUACCCCGUCUGUCUACCCGGAGAAGACACAGAGUUUCCUGUAGGCACAAACUGUUGGAUAUCUGGAUGGGGAUCCAUAGCAGAUGGUGGUGUUCAAGCUACCACGUUACAAGAAGCCGAGGUCCCAUUGGUCGACUCCACCGUGUGUGAUGACGCAACUCACUAUGAUGGACAGAUCACAGACCGGAUGUUGUGUGCCGGAUAUGACGCAGGAGGCAUAGAUGCCUGUCAGGGUGACUCAGGCGGCCCUCUGGUUUGUCAGGACGGGGUCACGUGGUACCUGGUGGGCGUGACCAGCUGGGGGGAUGGGUGUGGCCAGCCCAACAAACCCGGGAUAUAUGCUGACGUCAUGUACCUGAGGGACUGGGUUAAUACUAAACUGGAGAGCUGAUUAUGUAUCUUACGUUCUCCUUUAAAGUCUCUGUUUCAUUGUCGUUUAGGAAAGUUUAGCUGUUGCUAUGCAUGAUGUUGUGAAUAAUACUAAACUCGAGAGCUGAUUAUGUAUCUUAGGUCCUCCUUGAAAAGUUUCUGUUGCAUUGUUCUUUUAUUUUUUUUUAGUUAAGAAAGUUAAGCUGUUGCUAUACAUGAUGUUGUAAAUAUGUUGACGCUAAAUACCUGAGGGGCUGGGUUGAUACAAAACUAGAUAGCUAAUUAUAUAUGUUAGAUCCUCCUUUAAAAUUUCUGUUGUAUUUCGAUUAGGACAGUUUAGCUGUUGCUUUUCAUGUUGCAUAAACUAAGUGUUAGAAUUGAAAUUUGUGGCCAGUAAAAGGGAGCUUGGCUAGGGGAACUAGUAAGGGAACUAGUAGAUAUGGGCAGAUUAGAUUUGUAUUGUAUUGGGAAACUGACGGUUGUUAAGUCCAUGGUCUUCAUGUAAAACAUUUUUGCAUGUUAGAUAUACUAUUUGCUGUUACGGUCAGUAUAAUAGCAAAAAAAGUUUCUGUUGCAUUGGCGUUAAGGAUAUGAUACUUCCACAAAAAAACAUACAAUAUAUAUUUACCGCUGUUGCUAUCCAUAAUGUUGUAAAACUUAAUCUGUAUAUAUUGUAAAAUGUAAGUCAUGCGAAAAGUCUGCUUUCAAAUGAGGCGGAUAUAUAACUUGCUGUUAUGGUCAUUAUAAUAUCAAAAUGUUCAAGUUUAUCCUAAAAUGAAAUGGCUUACAUAGAAUGAUACAAUUAUGCCAUAGGAAAUUAUCGAUGGAAUGCGCAGUUUUGUUAUGAUACCUGUGUUGUCUGACAUUUGAAUAUGAUACAACAUUUUGAAGCUUGUUUAUAUGCUACAGAAUAUAUCAUUCAAGAAAUAGUCACAAUGUGUCCAUGCUAAUCUAAGUAUUUAGAAAAUGAUAAGCGAUAUAACGUCAUCAGAUUGUAUCAAUAUAGUAUAAGACAUAAAAUGAAUGUUUUCCAAUAUGUAAACUGCUGUCAACAUUGUUCGUCUGUAAAUAUGGCUUUUAUAAGUCUCUGGGCAGGAACCCAAGUAUUGUAUUUCAUGUCGUAAAUAUCUGUAUGCUUUAUACAUAUCAAAAGAAUAAAUUCUAUGGCAAAUUUUC